AUGGCCGAGCGUGAGGACGACCACGGCACGGGUGAAGGGGGUCGAAGGGCGCUCCCCUCCGCGAACGCAGCGGUUGAGGAGAUGAGGACCAACCACGUUGGCCUGUACACGUUAAUCUUCCGAUUCUAUAUUCUUUUUCGAAGCGAUUUUCAGCGAUUUUCAGCAGGAAUAUAA